CCUACUACCCAGCUCUUCGCAGCAUCCAAGCCCGGCGCAUGGAAGCGGUAGCAAGCUGGGCAUCAGGCGACAUCUCUGAGGAGGUGCGAUCAGAGCUCGCGCUGAAUCUGGAGCUGCGCCUGCGCCGCGUCCUGCAGCUCGCACGGCGCCUGGCUCGCAGCGACCCCGGCGUUGGGGCGAAAAGACUGCGCAGGCAAGAUGUGGCCGAUGCGCUGGAGGACCCGCAGGCCUUCCCGGCGAAUGUGCUGCAGCGUGCAGCCUGCUUCGCCCAUGCUGGCAAGAAGGAAGGUGAGGAGCAGCUGGUCUGCCUGUCGCUGGAACUGGAGAGGGCCAGCUGCCAGCCAUGCAGGCCGCCCCUUCCGCCGCAGCUACGGCGUGCGGCGGCGUCCUUUUCAGCGCCGUGCUCGGCGGCCUUUUCGCCGGAGUUGGACUUAUCGCCCCCAUCAGACAAGCCAGCCGAGCUCACCAAGGAGCAGAAGGCUUUGGUGCUGCGCUUGGCAGGUCUCCUGGAGGGCGCCAGGCAGGGAUGGCUGGCGGUCGACCCGUAG